AGUCAAUUGCGGCCAAUUUGAGUGAGCGCUACGUACUUGGAAAAUUACGUCUGAUAUUUAUACGCAAUUGAGUGCGUAACCUAACGAAAUAGUUUGUCUAUUGUACGAGCUGUUACGCUUCAAGGCGUUACAUGCCACGUCGACGUGGCUAAUUAAAGGCAAUGCCAAGCCACAAGUGAUACAAAAGCAAACACAAUAAUUAUUCUAAGCACUAAAUAAAAGCCUACAAUGCAAUGACCGAAAUAAAAAUAUGCAAUUAACAUUAAAUGCCAAGAAGAAAUAAAAUUCAAAACAUAGACUGCUGGUUGUUGGCAGGAAGCCAGAAAACUUAGCCAAAAGCUAACAAAAGUCUGCCAAAAAACAGCCCAGAAGAGCCGAACAAUGUCGAGCGCCAGCUUGCUUGACGCGCUCUGCUGCGGCAGCGGCGCUCGCCUGGCGUUGGGCACCUCAGUGAUUGCCUACUUGAUAGCUUUCAAUGAGGCUGCCGCACCGGGUCUAAUAUUUGCCACACUACUUGCCACAAUCUAUGGCGCCAUAGCAGCUCGCUGCAAGUCGAGUCUGCGUAGCCUGCAAAUGCCUUAUGUGCGUGCCACAAAUAAAUUUGACUUUGGCUGCCUCUUCUUGGCCACCUGGAUGGAUGCACUGGCAGCCAUGUGCGCCUGUGCCGCACUCUCUCGCACCCUGAGCGCCUGUCUGGAUGCCAUGACUGGUGGCCUGGCCCGUAUUCUUAUACUGGGCCGCAAUUCACCGGCAAAUGAGCCCUGGCCGGAUGUGCUUGGUGUUGCCGUUGUCUUCUUGGUAACUGGAAUGUUUAUGUUAGGUCUCGAGCACUCGAAGGCUUUCAGUUUCAUCAUGACACUUGGCAUGUUCGGGCUAAAUGCAAUUCUCAGCGCAGUUGGUUGGUGGCGUGGCGACUUUGUGGCCUGGUCGGACAACUACUUUCAGCCAAAUGGCAUUAGCAGCUUCCUUUUGACGACCGCAUUGCUUACCUAUGCCUUUCCCAGUGUCUGGUCUCAGCAGCAUCGCAGUGGUAGAAUCACGGCGGUACUUGUGAUUGCACUGGUGAUGAUCUCACUCCUGCUCACCUCCAUCUGUCUCUCGACAGUGGUGCAUUUCAAAUCACGGGAAGAAUAUGUGGCCGUACCACUUUUCAAUAUACUGGAUGAGAGUGGAUUUCAUAAGUUGGUGCCUGCCUCCGCUUGUAUGUUGCUGUUGACCAGCUCGGCAGCGUUUCUGGAAAUCUUUCCCGAGCUGUAUGGCAUUGUGGUGCGUCUGGCCACCUCCGAGUGGCGCAUUCUAAGCAAACAAAUCAGCUAUGAGAGCUCCGACAGUGGCAAUCCCGUUCUUGCCGUCUUCAUUGCGGGCAGCCUGUGUGCCAUGUUGGCCUUUGCGUGUCCGCUGCAGCAUCUCAGCUACUGUCUGGCAGCUAGUCACAUAACUGGCGCCCUUCUGCGUGCCUUCUACUUGCUAUAUGUGCCAUACCGUCCCAAAUUCAUGCAGCCCAGCAGCAGUGAGUCAUCGUUGUCCUACAGUCGCCUCUCCACAGCGCCCAUUGCCAAGAGCAGCAGCAGCUGCAGCGCUGCCACAUCUACAUCCAGUCGCAUGAAGCGCACUCUCUGGCACAUUGGCUUGUCCAAGCAGAGUGGCCUAAAGAAAAAGCCGAAGAACAAAUCAAGAACUAAGCCCGAGGUGGAAAAGGAAUGGCUCCUGCUAGGCGAACCCACAUCUCCACUGGCGCAACGCGAAGGCAGAGAUGUCGAGUCCACCAUUCUGUCAGACAGCGAGCCACCGCCAUCUGAUUUUGAGUAUCCCGAUAAGUUUGACAAAAGCGAUUCGGAUACCUCAACGGACAUUGAUGCCAUAGUCGAUGAGUAUCGUCAGAAGAUAAAGGUCACCACAGCUGGUCCGCUGGAGCGCAGUGUGCGAGUGCCGACACUCAGCUCAUGGAGGGUGACAAUAUUUUCAAUUGUCGUCAUCGGAUUGGGGAUAGCGCUGUGUGUGGCUGGUCUGGUGUUGCGUUGGGCACCCGCUGCGUUCACUGGCGCCAUUGGAGUCUUGAUUGUGGCCAUGAUGAUGGGCGUUAUACCGCAGUACACCGGCAGCGUCAUCAAUGUGAGUCCCGUGCUGUGCGGAAUGUGCCUGCUGCUCAGCGUUGUCCUCUUCUCAGCCUGUGCGGUCUACUCGUGGCCGGGUGUGCUCCUCUGGCUGCUGGGUGGCCUCGCUUUGCUGAUACGAUGUGAUAAAUAUUGCUGCAGCUGCUUCGAUCAGACAACCAUAUUGAAUGCCCAGCUGAUUCCCAGUGUUUCCGGCAAGGCAUCAAGCUCAACGUCAGCGACAAUGGGUGCAUCCACAAGCAUUAGGAUGCCCCGGCCCCCGAAGGGUGUGAUUAGUCUGCCGCAUCGGGUCAGCGGCAUUAGAUGACAGUCGGAGUCCUCCGAGGAGGAGGGCGAGGAACUCUUUCAUGAGGACUUCAAUGUGCGCGACUUUGAUGACGACGAUGCUAAUGAGGAUUGCUGGACUGAUUAGCUAGCAGUCAAUGUGUGAGGUCUUUUAAAUGUAGCUAGCCUUUUAACAAUUGCAAUGCGGAUCUUAGCCCAAAGAGUCCAGCUUGAAGUUAGUAUUAUACAACUAUAUAUAUUUAUAUAACAAUAUGUAUGCCAUCAAAACUAGUUAGUUUAUACCUAUGACGAAAUCUAUUUGCUGUUAGUUCCAACUAUUAGGUCAUUUAAUAAAUAUUGUAUGUCCCAAAAAA